CCCAUGAGUGUCCCCCGCACGGGCCGGCCAUGGGGGGCAGCCUGCGGGUGGCCGUCCUGGGCGCUCCGGGAGUGGGCAAGACGGCCAUCAUCCGCCAGUUCCUGUUCGGUGACUAUCCCGAGCGCCACCAACCCACGGACGGGCCCCGCCUCUACCGUCCCGCGGUGCUGCUCGACGGUGCUGUCUACGACCUGAGCAUCCGCGACGGCGACGGCGACGUCGCUGGCCCCGGCCCGAGCCCUGGAGGUCCGGAGGAGCCGCCGGACCCAAAGGACUGGAGCUUGCAGGAUACCGACGCCUUCGUGCUAGUCUACGACAUCUGCAGCCCGGACAGUUUUGAUUACGUGAAGGCCUUGAGGCAGCGCAUAGCGGAGACCAGGCCGGCGGGCGCACCCGAGGCUCCUAUCCUCGUGGUAGGCAACAAGCGAGACCGGCAGCGGCUGCGCUUCGGACCUCGGCGAGCACUGGCCACCCUGGUGCGCAGGGGCUGGCGCUGUGGCUACCUCGAGUGCUCGGCCAAGUACAACUGGCACGUGCUUCGUCUCUUCCGCGAGCUUCUGCGCUGCGCUCUGGUGCGCGCACGCCCUGCGCACCCGGCCUUGCGCCUGCAGGGGGCGCUGCACCCAGCGCGCUGCAGCCUCAUGUGACCGGAUUGGACGAGACUGCUGAGCUUCACCCGGAUUGGUCAAACCAAUUCCUCCCUCACUGAAUAAGGACCGCUUCCACCCAGUCUCCUGGGCGACAGGCCUCUCUUUGAACUUCACUGAACAUAACCCAGCCCCACCCCCCAAUGGACAAAAGAGAACACCAUUCUGGGACCUCAUUAGGUCACAGUCCCACUGGAUGGAAGGGGCUUGGCUAUGAAUCCAAUUGGAAGCACUCAGACUGCCUCUGGCACUUCACUGGACACACACUCUAAGCCACGCUUCUUGCGAGGUAAUAAACAACUUAAGUGCA